UGGGCCCCGGGAGUCAGUACGGCCGCGUCGACCAAUCGGGUAUUGCGAAAUGACGAAAAUAUCGUCACCAACGAGCUGAUAGACAACCUUCCGAGUCUCAAAAAAUCUAAAAAAAAAUAACAAAAAAAAAAUCGAAAAAAAACCUUAAUACGAGAUGAAGUUUAUGUUCGCGAAGCUUAAAACCGUAGUGCUGUGAAAUGCAAACGCAACCCGCAGAAAAUGGGGCCACUUCCACGGGGGCCACGGGCACGGCGACCACUAGGAGUCACGUGAAUGGCGGCAGAUUUGACUUCGAUGACGGUGGGACGUACUGCGGAGGCUGGGAGGAGGGCAAAGCCCACGGACACGGGGUAUGCACUGGACCUAAGGGACAAGGAGCCUAUUCUGGAUCUUGGCAUUAUGGAUUUGAAGUGUCAGGAGUCUAUACUUGGCCGAGGUAAACAUGUAUUGAAGAAUUUCCAGCCCCCGAGAUGGGGUGGCACCCCCAAGGCUUUAGCGUACAGCGGCAUGAUAUAGAAAAUGAUGCUUGGGCUAUUCCCUACCUUCUGUGAAAAUUUCAAGUAAAUCCAUGGUGGACGAGUAAAUUGCGAGCCAAAAUGCUUCAUUUUCUAGCCUAUAUAGUUUCUGUCACGUGUUACAAAAU